UCUAAAUCCCGAUCAAAAAAUGUUGCAGGCAACAAAGGUGCGAGCAUUGCAGAUUAAUAUUUUGGCUGACGAUGGCGAGAGAAGAAUGGGGGAGAAGCAGCGAGUUAACACACGGAUCGAUGAGAAACAGGAACAUCAAGCAAACGCGACGGAGGGAACGAAGUUGGAAGAGAUAAAGGUUAUGCUCCUAGCACUAAUGGGUGAGACGGAUGCAGGCGGAUCAGAUCCAACCAAGAGUUGUGUCUGGAACAAGGGAGGUAUUGCCGACAAUAUGAAAACCGAACGCUUUAUGACGGAAAAACAAGGCGUGAGAACCGGGAAGGACAGGGCCUUAGUGAUCGAAUAUAUGAGGUGUCGUAUGGACUAUUGCAUGACGUUGAACUAUAAGGAGAUCAAGGUCAUGUGCAAGAAGAGAAAUGCAUGUUGUGAUCACAAAGAUAAAGGCGCAUGGGAGCUAGCGAAACAGGAUACAGACCAGUUCUCGAAGCUGGUGAACAACAUUGAAGAUGAAGAGGAGAACGAGGGAGAGGAAGACUCCACAGACGAUGAAGACUGCCACAGCGUUGGUGCAGAAGAGAACAACGUCGAAGAAGUGGGGGAUGUGUCGGGAAAUUGAAUUUAUCGAAACGGAGUUACUACUACGGUUUCUUCGACGGUUGAGUAAACUACGUGCUGAUUA